AUGGAUGAGUCACAGAAAGUCGGCAUCAGCUUAAUACGGGGUUUCCCUCGCCGUCGAUCGGUGGAGGACCGGCUAUCUUCCCGGCGGAGACGGUCCGUCUUUUCCAGUGGUGUAAACUCUGAAGCCGUGAACGUCGACGACUUCGCCGACGUAUUUGGAGGCCCACCGCGGACCCUGCUGGCGCACAAAUUCUCCAGAUGCGGGUCAUUUUACGAGGAAAUAUUCCGGGCGCCGGAGAUUAGGUGUCCGGCGGCGAAGAGUGGCCGGUGCUUGCCGGUGUUCAGAAUUCCGGCGAAGAAUGAGGGAUUUUACAGUGACAUAUUCGGGUCGGACGAUGAGCGGAAAUCGAGAGAGCGGUCGAGGUCGCUAUCGAAAGAGAAUUCGUCGUCGGCGCUGAGUUCGGAGGAGCUGAGCCCUCGCGGGCCGGCGAAUGGAGAAGACGUGGCACUCUCGGGUUUUGCUUCAAAGCUCAGGCCAAUCAAUGUUCCAUGGAGAUGGAACACGUCCACCGUGAUGCCGGCGGCUGAGGAACACCCAAGUAAACAUGGGGUGCCACUUUUUGCAUGCAAUAGUCAGUUAUUUGAAUUUCAGCAUCAGGAUGAUAAUGAAUUCAAGAAUUUCAGAAGCUCCCCUUUUGGGUCCUCAAGAAGAGUCUCAUCCCCAGAAACCGUCAGUUUUGAUUCCAAUUCAUACCAAAGCAUCAAAGUGUUCACUGAUGACUGGGAGCUCAAUUCCCCGUUUUCUGUUGUCUCUUCUUCGCUUAACCAUGAACCCGAGGCAAAAAUUUUUGUCCAUGAGCACGUUCUUUCAGAACAAAUUAUAGAAGGUGAUGAGGAUGAGGAUGAGGAUGAGGAUGAUGAAGUUAUGAGCUCCUAUGUCAUUGAACUCAACUCCAACCUUACUAGGGAAGAGUGUGGAGCAUCAGCCAUUGAUGAAGCAAUUGCAUGGGCCAAAGAGAAGUUUCAAUCACGAAGUUCUGAUGAAGAAUCAAAUGCGAGAAAUGAUGGCAAUGAGCAAACUGUUGGAAGACAAGGAAGAUCUGAUGCAAGUGAAUACUACCAUGAUGAUGAAAUUGGAGUAGUUCACGCCCAGGAGAAGAAACAGACAGAGACAGACAAGUUGGACAGAGAUAUAAGAUUGUGGUCAUGCGGCAAGCAAACAGAUAUUAGGCUACUACUUUCAACACUAGAUCGUAUUCUAAGCCUUGAGAGUGGUUGGUGUGCUAUUCCUCUUGUGAGUCUAUUAGAAAGCUCACAAGUGAAAAAGGCUUAUCAGAAAGCAAGGUUAUGCCUGCAUCCAGACAAACUGCAGCAAAGAGGUGCAACAUCCCUACAGAAGUAUGUAGCAGAGAAGGCUUUCUCAAUUCUUCAGGAUGCUUGGGCUGCAUUUAUUUCUGAAGAUGUUUCGUUUUAG